AUGGACCAGAGAGUGAAGGGGGGAAGCCCUCCGACCGCCGCCUCCUCUCUGGACCCCGCCCCUGCACCUGAGGACUCCGAGCCAGUGGCGGGGGAGAAGAAGAGGAGAGGCGAGGGGGAGAAUGGUGACGCGGGGAAGAAGGAGGAGGAGAAACGGGGCGCCGGGAGGAAGCGGGAGGGCGACAAGGGGGCGGUUCUGGAGCUGCUGAUCGAGGGGCGAUGUGGGGGGCAGCAGAUCCCCGGCAGGGAGGCCGGCUGCCCCGAGGGGAACGUACGGGUCCGCAUCGGGCUGCAGGCCAAGCGCACCAAGAAGCCGCCCAAGAUCCUGGAGAGCUACGUCUGCAAGCCCACCAUCAGGACGUACCAGCGGCAGGGCAGGGGGCUGCUGCUGAGGCCCGACGGGGACGGAGGCCAGCAGAGCAAAGCAGGUGCUGCCCAGGACGAGGCGGCCAGAGAGCAGCGCUCCGGCCUGGAUGCUGUCCAGACCACAUCCAAACAAACUGCAUCCGCUGCUUCGACGCCGCUCACGUCGUCACCGGCGACCUUCACCACAGCUUCCACCCCGACUCCAGUCCCUGCCGUCACCAAGGCAGCCAAACAGGUUCCCGUCAAGCCGGCCGAUAAGACGGAGGUGAACGGCUCAUCGGACAAGGCGAAGAAGCCUCCGAGCGUCAACGGCCAGCCCGUCGCUGCAGUGCCUAAACCCUGCUCGCCAAAAACAGACCAGCCGGCUCCACCUUCCACCCCGAGCAACCAGACCGCCUCCGCUUUGGAAACCAGGAAUGACGGAAGCACCUCCAAGAAACAUAAUGGUUUGGUGCAGAAGCAGAAGGGGUUACCAAACGGGAAAGGCUCCGCCAGCAUCCUCGGCUCUUCCACCGCAUCCAAAAACAAAGCUGGGAAACACAGCAGCUCCUCCUCCGUUUCUUCCACGGAGUCUUCGACGAGGCCUCCAGUUUCCACGAGCUCCCAUAAAGAAGUUUCCACUAAAAGCAGGCCAGACUCUCCCUUGGUCACCUCCAAACCACAAUCCUCCCCCGCUGUGGAUCUCCCUUCUGCCCAACCUCAAAGUCAGGAUGCCUCGCUAGAGAGGAAAAGAGAGAAGGACAGGAAAGCAAAGAAAGAGAAACGGAAAGACAAGAAGUCGAAGAGGGAAAGGCUGGAGGCUGACAGGGCAAAAAGCGAGAACAGAAAGGACGAAGUAAGGAAGAAGAAAAAGGAGAAGGGAAAGGAUGGAAAAUCGAGACACGGUAAAGAAAAGGAGGAGAGACGCAGGAGUGAUGAUUUGUGGAGGGACGAAGCAAAGACUGACAGAGGGAAGGCUGAGAAAAAGAGGCCAAGUCCAGAGAGACAAAGAACAGAGGAUAAUAACACAAAAUGUGGUGAAACAGCUGACAGACUGGCAGCAAAUCCAGAUGAGAAAGAAAAGAUGGAUGACGGUUGCAAGCCAGUUAAACAAGCUGAGCCGGCAGCAGCAGCGGCGGCAGCAACAGGUGACGCCAGUAAAUCAAAAGAACAGGACGUCUCCAGACAUUCAACUGUGCCUCCGAGCCACCCCUCUUCUUCUGCCCCUCCCAUGCCUUCUGCCCCUAUAUCUCCCCCGUCCUCCCCUCAAGAGCAGGACAGCCGGCCGCUCAAGAAACGCAAAGCCAGGAGGCCCAGCUGGACCAAGCUGGCGCACCGGGCUCAGAGGGCAGAAAAUCAGGAAGCCCCUUCAGAUUCCCAGCAUAAUCCUUCGCUCAGCUUCCCCCAGAACCCCAAGGCGCCCCUCCCCGCCAAAGCUACUACCCAGCAGAGCGAUGAAUCCUUAACCAGCAGCUCUUCCCCCGUUUCUUCUGCGACCAAACCGCAGAUUCAUGCAUCAGACUCGGUAAGCGCUUCCCAAAAAAGAGGCCGCCCCAAAUCCCACGGCUCCGGUUUGGACGAGCCUCCCCCUCGACUCUCACCGAGCGACAUCCCGACCGAGGUGCCUCUUCUGGGCUGCGACGGAGUUCACAAAGUCCCCCUGCUGGAGCCGACAUCCAAAUCCAGCCCCAAAAAGCGUGGGCGCCCCCCCAAACCGAGGCUGCCUGAGGACCAGAGCGGGGAUGAUCACGGCGACCGGAGUCCGGACUUCCUUCCACCCGAGAAGGGAACCAGGCAGCUGAAGAUCCAGAGGCUGAUUAACGAGAUGAAGAAGCGGAAGAAGAGGAGGCUCCACAAAGUGAUGCUGUCAGGGUUCGCUGGGAAAGAGGGGAAGGGAGGCGAGGCGGCAGAUGGGGAGGCCUCUCUGAGAAAAUCGAUAGAAGCUACGACGGUGCACACACUCUCAGCCCUGUCGUCCUCCUUCGGGAGCAAGCUGGGCCCUCAGAUCAAUGUGAGCAAGAGAGGAACCAUCUAUAUGGGCAAGAGACGAGGACGGAAACCCAAAGCCCAGACAGCCAACCUGAACUCCCAGAGCUCCUCCCUGUUCUCCAGCACCUCCGAAACCUCCCUCUUCCAGCCCCAGCCGCCCUCUCACCCCUUCCCUUCCCCAUCCCUCACCCACUCCAGCGGGGCUCAGAGUCCCUACAGCGAGGGCAGCCUCACAGAACCGACAUCCUCCCUCCUUUUUCCUCACCCCUUCUCCCUGCCUUCCCCUUCCUCCUCCUGCACCUCCCCGCGGCCUCCCUCCUCCUCGUCGAUAUCCCCCUUCGUGAAGAAAAGCUGCCCAUCUCUCCUGCCCCACCCCACCGCUGCAUCACCCGCCCGGCUCCCCCGGACACCUGAAGGAGGCCACACCCUCCCCCGGAGCGAGUCCCACAGCGAGGAGACGCUGCCGAGCGACAGCGGCAUCGGGACGGACAACAACAGCGUCUCCGAGCGAGGUGAGAUGAGGGGAGUCCGGGGCAUGCUGAGGCUGGGUCAGGGGUCCGGGGUGAUUCUGGGGGCCCAGAGACACCCCUCUCUGGUGGACCGACCAUCCCCGGUCUCCUCACCCCUCUCCCACAUGUCCAGACACAGGAACCCCAUGACCACCUCCAACGCCUUGGAGCGGCGACACCGGCACCGGCGCAGGGAUUAUGACUGCCCCUCGUCGUGCACCUGCCUUUGCCCUUGCCCCUGCCCCGGACAUAGCAAGUGCCCCCACACGGAUUAUUACCCCUGCCUGGGGCACAAUGCACUGAAGAGACAGAAAAACAAACACAAGAAGAAGCACCAGCAGCUCCACAUGCAGGAUCCGGAGUUCCUGGCCGAGCUGGAGGACCUGAUCGGCCAGUUCAGUGAGGUCCACAUCGGUAGACGAAGCUGGGCGAGGACGGGGCUCGGUCAGGGCUUUGAGGGGAACCCAGCUGGAGGAAGGAGACACCACACUUCCUCCUCUUCCUCUUCUCACUCGUUGCGCUCCAACAUCUUCAGGAUCAAUCUGAAUGGCUUCUACUCGCCUCACCCGUCGUCCUUCUCCACCAGUCCCUCCUUCUCGCCUCAGUCUUUCUACCCUUGCCACUGCAGCAGGAAGCCGGACCGCCGGCAGUGCGGCUGCCCCUCCAAGUUCCAGGAGACCAUCGAGAACAUGGGCUUCUAUGGCGGCUACCCUCCGGCCACGACGCUCUACCACCACCUCCCCAGCUCCUACCCGCUGUCAUCCUACGCCACCCAUCAGCCCCACCACUUCCUCCUCAACCCGGCCAGGUUCCACCGACGGAGGAGCCGGCUGCUGAGGGAGGGAGCUCUAGGAGGGGAGGUGGACGGAGACGGCGGCGGCGGAGGUGGAGGAGGAAGUGGAGGUCCUCACCUCAGCUCAGGGUUCACGUCCGGCCUCUCAUGUGGAUGUGGGAGGAGCGAACACAAACACAAGCAUAAGCAUCGCCACCGGCAUUGCGACCGAGACGUGGACGAUGAAGAGGAGCAGGACGAAGAGGAGGAGGAAGAGGAGCGAGAGGGGCUGGUCGGUUUAAAGUCGAGGUCGGGGUUCAUUCUGGGGCAGGAAGGAGGAAGGAAAGGGGCGAGAGGCGGUGGAAGUCUGCUAUCGAAGGAGUCGCCGUGGUUAUGCGAGAACGGGAGUGAUUCCUUCUCCACCGCCGCCGGUUCAUCUUCAUCAUCCUCAGCAGAGAGGUACAAACACACCUCCCUCACCUCGGUGGGGUUGGGCUCCUCCCACCUGUCGUCAUUCGGCGGCGGUUGGGGCGGUUUGGGCCAAAGCUGGUCGAAAUUUGGCGGCCUGGGAGGAUCGAGGUUUGGAAACACCGGCUGGAGAAGCUUCAGCUCGGAGCAGCACCACGGCAGGAUGGUGGCGUCCGACGGGGAGGACGAUGACGCCGAGGACGACCGGUACGGGGCGUCGCCGUCGCCGACACACACCAAUCUGUUCACGUCCGCUGCCACGGCAACGGGGGGGCGGGGUCUGAGGAGCGGAUUGGCCGGGAGGAACCCAGGAAGUGGAGAGAGAUCAUGGAGGAGGGAUGAACCGGCCUGGACUGAGAGGAGGGACUCAGGUUUACAAGGUGACUCGAGGAGCCGGGGGCAGCAGAAAAGUGUGCCAGCGCCAGACGUGGUGAAGAACAAAAGGAGGCCCGGACGUCCCAGGAAGCACCCGCUGCCCUCCGACGCCGCAGCCUCGCCGCCACCGCCGCCGCCGCCGCCGCAGCAUCACCACCCGCCCGCAACGCCGCAAGACCUGCUGCAGCCUCGUCAGCGACUCGGAGGCGACUCGGAGCUGGAGGCCAAGAGGAAGCGAGGCCGCAAGAGGAAGCACGGCGACUCCCCGUGUCCCCAGAGCAUCGCCGAGGAUAAACCCGAGUGCGACCCCCUCCCCGAGCGUUUCGGCCAAUCGGACGCCGACCCGCCCCAGGCCCCGCCCCCUCCGCCGCCGCUCGUCCAAAGGGAGGAGAGAUCUGACGGGCCGCCCAGGAAGAAGUUCCUGAGGGCGGGUCUUUACUCCGACGACUACAAAACCACAGAACCGCCUUCUCAUGCCCAGAAGAACUGCAGAGAGAGUUUGGAUUAUACACCAGAAGAACACGACUACAGCCUGCUGCCUGCUCCCAUACAUGUUGGAAAGUAUCUGAGGCUGAAGCGAAUUCAUUUCCAGCUGCCCUACGACGUUAUGUGGCUUUGGCAGAACAACCAGCUCCACCACCAGCCUGCCGUCCCCCUGAAGAGGAAGCGACGCUACUGCCGGCUGAAGGAGAGGACGGCUUCCUCUCAGCAGGCAGCGGAGGAGAGCUCCAGCGACAUCACCAGCUUAUUCCCCCACCUCGACAUGGAGCCUUUGACCGGCACUGAGAGGAGCUUCGUGGUGAAACAUCACGUCUUCCUGGUGAGGAACUGGGAGCUGGUUCGAGACCGACAGAUCCGGAUGAGGAUCGAGCGGGAGCGGGAGCGGGACGCCGACGGGGAGGACGAGGACGAAUCGCGACGCCCGUCCUGUGAUGGAGCCAAUGGGGACGACGGCCACAUCAAGUCAGAUCCACCAGUGGGGGUGGAGGUGACGGUUAUCAGCAGUGACCCCAACCAGCUAAGUCAGGACACCUCCAGCUCGCUCACUGCCAGCCCCUGUCCCACCAAACCCCAGAACGGACAAGAGGAGGAGGGAGAGGAAGAAAAACGAGGGGAAGGAGAGGUCUGCAGCAGAGAACAGAGGAGGAAACGGCUGAAUGAUUUACUUUUGACCCUGCAGCAUUCAUAAGCUAACAGAUAGAGGUGGCAGCGCUCCGAGGAAGGGACCAGAACCACCACCGGUACAGACGGACUCGAACUGAUGUCACAGCGCCGCCAUCGCCGGCGGUGAUAGAAAAAGAUGGAGGCGAGCGAGCUUCAGAAAACUAAACGCAAUGAAAGAAAGACAUCUCGCACACUGACAGACGAGCGCGUCGAACCUCGCGCUCCGAAGGGCAUCGCACCGAGGAUGAAACCAUGGCAACACACAUCUUUUGUCCAGGCGGCGGAGAGGAUGAACGGAGAUCGACUGUCCCGGGAAACAAAAAAAAAAAAAAGAGAGAAAGAAAGAAAGGAGAAGAAAGGAAACAGACCAGCUGAAAAUGAAUUUGCACUAGUGCUGGACGAACAAGCACACUAAAAGACUGUCGCGUACGCUGAGUGGACACACUAUAAAAACACACACUUUGAUCGCUCUCACUUCGGCACCUUAAGCAAGAUUUGGGACGGAGAGCGGACACGUGCGGUACUCGGCGUUUUGGCUCCGAGAGAGACGAUGAGCUGCUACAUGGGAAAGAAAAAAAAAUGUAGCCGGGGCCCUAAGUAGGUCAAAACCGAACCCUCGUUUUACUUGUUAAGCUUUUCAAAGUCACAUUGCACCUUUGGGAAAUGGCACGAGGAGAAGGCGAGCCAGUUAAAAGCUGUAGAGACAGUGUUAGUGAGGGUUUUUUUUGUUUGUUUUUUCCUUUCACUUUUACCAAGACAGUGUCUGCUAUGUACCAGUGAAUAGGCAGGGGAGGGGGGGCCGGGCUUAGCGAUAGGAAUUUUGGCAUCGCGGCAAGAGAAUUUCUAAUGAGGUUUUAAGAAAGAGAGAAGUUAUUUUUUUGAGCAGAGAAACAUAGAAAGGCGAGCUCGUCCGCUUGGAGAAAUAUAUCCGCGAUAGGAAUGUUUUAUCGUCGCCUAUUUUUCAGUAUUGCUUCCGGAGGUGUACAAAGUGUUUUUGUUUACUCAGACUGCCUUGGAGAAUGUUUUUGCUUCGGAGCAUUGACAAUCAGAAUGUCCUCGUCGGGUCGGGGGGGGGGGGGUUAGAAAGAAGAGGAGGGGGGAGAAAAAAAGGGAUUGAUUUGCCCCAAAUGCUCUGUAGAAGUGCCAUGUCGUCUUGUGUAUAAGCGAACUCAUGCAGUCUUUAAAAAGCAAUAUCUCCUCUGAUAAGGACUAUAUAUCCGUUUUUUUUUUUGUUGUUGUUAUUUUGUCUUCUUUCUUUUUGUUUUUAAGUUGUGAAUAUUCGAGGAUGGGAGGUCGUUUUUUCUGUACAGAUGCAUUUAGCAGAUCGUUUCAUCUUAGGAGCAUCGGGCUGAUCCGUUUAGUUUCAUGUGAAUGUACAGUACAUAGAGAGACCUGUUUUCCUUCUAUCAGCAGUAGCGUGUAAAAUUAGUAAACAUACAUGACAGUACUAUCCGGAUUAUACAUAACAGAUAAUAAUCAAAUGUUUUUAACAAAUUAUACAGCUGACCAAUAUAUCAGACAUUUCUCCUUGACUAUGAUUGUAUAUGAUUUUUUUUUUUUUGUAGAAUUACAUAAUUUGUCUCGGUUUUUUUUAGCUGUUUUUUGGUCAGACAAUCAGUGACAGUGAAUUAGUUUUUUCCAGUGUUAAACUCCUGCUCUCUCUCUCUCUCUUUCAGUAGUGCGGCUUCUAAUAACGAGCCAAGAAAGUGCAAUUUCUUUGACUGUUUACAUACUGUAUGUAUAUUUUUCCUCUUUCCUUUUUUAACUAAGAGCACUACAUUAUUGCCAGUGGAUGAUUAACUUUAUAGCAAAGGUACAAAUAAAGAGUUAUUUAUCUAGUUUGCAUGACAUGUAACCUUUGCCUGUCGCCUCCGAUAAUGUGCAUCUGGAAAACUAAAAAAAAAAAAAAAAAAAAAAAAUCAGAAAACAGUGAUAACUUCAACGCCAUAGAAUGUCAGCUCCAACUUUUUGCCUCUAUAUCCAUAAUAAUAAAAGCAUUUUAUGUCUACUA